AUGAAGUUCUGGUCGGCGCUUCUUCUGGCGUCUUCGAGUUGUCUCGUCCACGCCUUUCCCUCCCUCUCCGCCCGUAAUCUUGAGGGUCUUACCCCCGAGAGACUCCAGGGAGCACUCGCACAAGUCGAGAGGGUACGCAAUGAAAAGCGCUUCCUGCUCGACAUUCUCAAGCCCAUUGAUUGCAGUGGCAAACAUGCUUUCGUGCCACCACAAGGUAACGACCAGCGUGGUCCAUGUCCAGGGCUGAACGCGUUGGCGAACCACAACUACAUUUCGCACAAUGGCAUCACCAGCUUUGCCGAGGUCGUGGCUGCUAUCAACAAGGUUUUCGGCAUGGGAAUCGAACUCUCCCUUAUCCUGGGUGUCAUGGGCACCGUGUGGACUGGAAACCCGCUGUCCACGAAUCCAGGAUUCUCCAUCGGAGGCGGUGGCAACGACAACCUCCUUGGGAACCUCCUAGGGCUGCUCGGUGAUCCACGUGGUCUCCAAGGUUCGCACAACUGGAUCGAGUCAGAUUCGUCGCUUACUCGCGACGACUUAUAUGUCACCGGCAAUGCCUGGACAAUGAACAUGACUCUUUUCCGCGACAUCUAUGAUCGCGCGGAUAGCAAUGGCGUCAUCUCCAUGGAUCUUCUCGCGGACCAGGCUGCGCGCCGCUGGAGAUAUAGCAUUGCUCACAACCCGGACUUUUACUACGGACCCGUCACUGGCAUGGUCAGCCGCAAUGCGGGUUACUUUUUCCUUGGCCGUCUUCUGUCCAACCACACCGACGAGCACCCAGGCGGUAUUCUCACGCAGGAGGUAUUCAAGAAAUUCUUCGCCGUCUAUGAUGAUGGAAGAGGUGGUCUGGAGUACCGCGAGGGUCAUGAGACGUUCCCCGAGAACUGGUACCGCAUCAAGGGCGAGUAUGGCCUCUUGCCAUUGAACUUGGACAUUGUCGACUGGGUCAUGAAGCACCCUGAACUUGGAAGUAUCGGAGGCAACACAGGCAAAGUCAACAGCUUCACCGGCCUCGACAUGUCCGACAUAACCGGCGGCGUCCUCAACAGCGCCACCCUCCUCGACAACAACAACCUCCUCUGCUUCACCUUUGAAGUCCUCAAGACCUUCCUACCAAACUCACUCUCCCCACUCCUCAAGACGCUCGAAGUUCCGAUCAAAUUAGUCACCGACACACUUGCCGCACCCCUUCUCAGCCUCGCGUGCCCCGCAUGGAAGGACAUGACUGCGGGCGGUGAGCCGCUGUGGGAUGCUCUGCAGACGACUUUCAGUGGUGCUAGUAAAUCAGGCUCAAGUUUGUAG